ACCGUCUUCCUUGCUUCUGCGUGCGCCGCUCUCGCACUAGCUGCUCCCGUCAGCAUCAUCAAGAAACGUAGCGAGACCAUCACCGACAACCAGACUGGCAACUAUGGCGGUUACUACUUUUCCAACUAUGUCGAGACUGGCGCCGACACUUUCACCAUCGGCACUGGCACGUACAACCUGCAAUGGACCAGCGCCAAUACUGAUGUUGUUGCUGGUAUCGGUUGGCAGACUGGUGCGGCCCGCACCAUCAGCUACUCUGGAUCCAUCAAUGCCGGCGGCGACAGUUUGAUUGCCCUCUACGGUUGGACGACUGGACCCCUUGUCGAGUACUAUGUCAUUGAGACUUAUGGUACUUACAAUCCUGGCAGUGCAGGAACUCAUCUCGGCACUGUCACUACUGAUGGCGGUGUAUACGAUAUCUACGAGACCACUCGGACCAACGCGCCCUCAAUUCAGGGCACUGCUACCUUCCAUCAGUACCUCUCUGUUCGCCAGAGCAAGCGCACCAGCGGUACCAUCACCUUCCAGAACCACAUCAACGCCUGGAAGUCUCUUGGCNUUGACCGUGAACUAAUGAAUCUUGGUGCUUUCAACUACCAGAUCAUGGCCACUGAGGGCUACGAGAGCAGCGGUUCUUCCUCGGUCACUAUCCAC